CACACACACACACAGACACACGCCUCGAGGUGGAUCCGCGCCGGCGGCGUCCAGACAUUCCCACACGCCCCUCCACGCCCCCCCCGGUUCUUGACCACCCGCCUUCAAACCCAAACCUUUCUUUGCGUGCCCGAAAAACCAACCUUGCUGCUGGUGCUGGUGCUGGUGCUUUCCACAGCAGCCGCGCCGUGGAGUGACUGACUGACUGACGGACGGACGGGCGGACAGCCUGCCUGCCUGCCUGACGACUACGUACUGCCUGCCAUUGCUGCUCCUACCUUAGUACCUUACCUACCUUACCUACUACUACCACCACUACUACUACUACGCCCGGAUCCCACACACCCCGUCCGUCCUUUGACUCAACCACCUUUUUCUUCCACCGCCAGAAUCUCUUUUCCAUAAUAAACACCAGCGCCGUCCGCAGCAACAACGACACACAUCGCCCUGGCUCACAUCUUCCUGGAUUCCUUUGCUCGUGGACCGACGUACCACGACACCCGCAUCGACGACGUGCGCCCCUCCCUUCCGACAUCCAUCGUUGGCGCAGCGAUCCGUUGUCCUGCCCGCCCUGCCUGCAGUCUGACUAAGUGGAAGAAGCCAUCUGCCGGCACCGCAACAGGCGCCCUUUUUGGUGCAAGGAGCUGCUGCACCUCUGACGACAGACGACGUCGUCUUCGCUGCGGCUCUGCAGUGGACGCGCAAACAUCAGCCACUGCGUCCUUCCAACCUGGCAAAUUUCGACUCUGGGCCGCUUGUUGCAGCGAGUGAGCGCCCUUGAUUCUCUGCGAACAGCUUCCGCCCUUCCCUUCCUUGGCCACCAGCAAACGACAGACACGCAACAACGCCAGGACCACCGAUUCGCACCCGCCGUGCCGGGCUCGCCAAUUUCGCGCCUCUUGCCUUCGAGUACGCACCCUCUGCUCUGCGACUCUGGUCGCCGACGCCCUCCUCCACGCCUUCGCGGAAAACCGCUAGCCGACGGGCGUUGCCCACGGGACACAGACUCGUCGCAUCUCACCCACGCCCAGCUAAGCCCGCGUCCCCAUCGUCUGCGACUUCCUGGCUGAAGCGCAACGAGGCCUCUCGGCCUGCAUCGUACGCAUACCCCAAAGCAGCGACUUGCAUACGAUACCACCACCACCAGCUGCUGCCACCUCACCACUCCCACCCGCGACAUUGGGCCUCUCUCGAACCUGGCAGAGACGGCGAGAUCUGCCCCUAGCUCCCGUUCCCGCUUCCGACACCACCACCACCACCACCACCACCAUCACGCCGCCGCCGCCGCCGCCCACCACUCCUGGACCUUUGGCUGGGUCGAUUAUCUGUCGCGAACUGCGGAGCCUGCUGCUGGACAGUUGGUGCUCCUCCUUCUGCACAGUUCACAAACCCGCUGGCGUUGCCUGCUGCUGCUCUUGUCGUGACGCCGGCCCCAUUGGCAAGAAGUCUGCAAGACACGCAUCGCCAGCAGCUCCAAUACGACCCCUGGCCAGGUGAACAGCCACCGCGCCGCGGAUCUGCUAUUUCUGACCACUUCCCCGCAUUCUGUUCCUGCCCCGGCCCGUCCCAACAUGCAUGCCGGAGCACAUCUGGUCUUAUAAAUGUCGACACUGCCUUCAUAGGCGUGCACCGGGCUCGCUUGCUGUGUGUCUCGUGCUCCUUCGGCACGAUUGAUGUCGGGCGACCUGGACUCCAACCCAAUGACUUCGACACAAUCCGUGGACCCUACAAGGUCCUCGUCGCUUUCUAUCCAGCUUCGGUGCGCUCGUCCGAGCCACGUCCAAACAAACCUGCCGCUAUCAGAGCAACAUCAACUACAACACCAAUCCCACUCUGCUGCGCACCAGCAAUCAUCCGCUUCCGCCGCUCCCGUUCCCGUUUCAGCCAUAAGCUCCUCCUCUGUGGCCUCAAGCUCACGCCACGGCUCGCCCAUCAUGUCUCCAGAGACCGCAGUCUUGACGAGGAAUUCUUCAAUACAGGCAUCCCCGGAACCCAUUCGUCCAAAAGACGAGGACCAAUUUCCUUCCAGCUUUCAGCUUCCCGACUCCAUCUUAUCACGAAAACCUAGUGCCAACUCGCUCGGCCACAGCUGGCUCAGCAGCACGACCAGUCCCAUUGCCGAGGCUGCAUACAACAACAGCACCACCAUCAACUCCCUACCAAGCAACGCACCCUCGACGUCCUCCGUCAAUGCCGCUCCGUCCAAGGGCAACAUCAUCCGUCGCAUCUCUAGCCGAGCGUCAAGGAGCAUCACCAGCCGGCGGCGCCAGUCAUCUGCCACCCCUGCCAGUCGCGAUGGAAGCGUAGGCCCUUGCUUCCUCAGGCGUCGGAGUGACAGCAAUACCACCGCCCCGCCAGAAUGCGGCGGCGCCGUGUCCACGGACUCUGAGUCGGACCUGGAUGAGCGCGAGGACUUCGCGUCAAUCAAGUCCUUGUAUCUCGAUGGCAUGCCCCGGGGUUCGUCUGCCAACAGCACUACGGGAUCCAUCCCGGGGAGCUCCAAUAACAUGGCUGGUCCUGUCAUUCCCCUGCAGCUUCAGCGUGGAACCUGGUUGCGGAAAAUUUCCAAAAAAAAUCGCUCCAAGCGAAUUCGCCUCGUCUACGAGCCCGAGACGAACAAGCUCACUUGGGAUCGGGCGAGGCCCAACAAGUUUCUCCACGUCGACGAGAUUCGAGAAAUUCGCACGGGCUCCGACAUCCAGCAGUAUGGCCGCGACUUCAACAUCCCUGAGUCUGAGCGCUCUACCUGGUUCUCCAUCCUCUAUUCUAUUCCUGAAAAGUCAAAGACAAAGUUCCUUCAUCUCAUCGCUGAUGACGUCGAGACGUGCUCUACUUGGACCACCUUCUUGAACGCCAUGCUCAAGCACCGACAGGAGGCCAUGACAUCUCUCAUGUCGUUCAACGACCGAGCCAUUGCGCAGUACUGGCACAGUGAGAUGAUGAGGCAAUUUGGCGAUCAGCCGCGAGGGGACGCGCAAGAGGAGAUGGACAUUGCGGGAGUCAUGCAGGUCUGCCAAAACCUGCACAUGUACAGCUCUCAGUCCACUCUACAGGCCAACUUCCGCCUCUGCGACGCCAGGCGUCGCGAACGCCUGAACUUUUCUGAGUUUCUCAACUUCGUCCGGCUUAUGAGGCAGCGGUCAGAUAUCCAACGCAUCAUCCGUAGCAUUGCGGCCAAGCCGCAGGCUGGACUGACGUUGCCGGAGUUUCUUUCCUUUCUUCGCGACGUGCAGGGGGAAGACGUCGACUCCAACAUAGCUAUGUGGGAGAAGCACUUUUACAAGUUCGUCCGCAAGCACAGAGCCGGGGAUGUUGACGUUUUCGAUGCGGACAGCGCCGCCAACAUCAUGUCGGAGGCGGCUUUCGUCGCCUUUCUCUCCUCUCAGCACAAUGGCCCGCUGGCCGAUGAGCCCCAAGAAUACACUCUCGACAGACCCAUGAACGAGUACUUCAUCUCAAGCUCUCACAAUACCUACCUCAUCGGCCGCCAGGUUGCCGGACAGUCGAGCGUUGAGGGAUACAUCGCCGCUCUCGCCCGAGGCUGCCGCUGCGUCGAGGUCGACUGCUGGGACGGAUCCGAUGGCCAGCCGCAGGUCGUCCACGGCCGCACGCUCACCACGGCCAUCAGCUUCCAGGAGGUCAUGACGACCAUCAACAAGUACGCCUUUGUCAAGUCGAGCUUCCCCUUGUGGAUCUCCCUCGAGGUUCACUGCAGCCCCAUGCAGCAGGCCUUGAUGGUGGACAUCAUGAAGGAAGCUUUCGGCGUGCGUCUCGUCACGGAGCCUCUCGACCCGACAUCAGACAAGUUGCCGUCGCCGUCGGAGCUUAUGGAGCGGAUCCUCAUCAAGGUUAAGAAGCCUGGUGGCAACCACGACAGCUCUGUCGCCGAUGUCACCGGCAGGCGCCGAGGAAGCAGCCUCGGCUCUCCUCUCUCUAGACCCACUGUCCCGGACACGAGCGCCUUCACGCCUUCCCAGUCAUUGCCACAGAGUCCGCUUCUCGCUGCCAGCAACCAAGCUCGCCGUCUGGUGAGCAAGAGUCGCGUCAACACCAUUACCGAAGGUGAGGUGCACGAGCUCAUGAGCAGCAGCACCAGCGAUAACGAGAGCGGUAGCGAGAUUGGCACCAUCGGGAGAUCGGCAAACAAGACGACCAAGGUGCUGGGUGCCUUGGGCGUGUACUGCGCCGGCGUCAAGUACUUUGGGUUCGAUAGUCCGGCCGCCAAGGCUUUCAACCACAUCUUUUCCUUCAUGGAGACAAGCUUUGCCAAGCACUCCCGCACCAAAGAAGCCAAGAUGGCCUUGGACAUCCACAACAUGCGGUACCUGAUGCGAGUCUACCCCGACAGCCGAAGGUUUGCGUCAAGCAACUUCGAUCCGCUCAUCUACUGGCGCCGCGGCGUGCAAAUGGCCGCGCUCAACUGGCAGACGUUCGACCUAGGCACUCAGCUCAACCAUGCCAUGUUCGAGGGCGGCAGGGACGAGUCGGGCUACGUCUUGAAGCCACCUGAGCUGCGCGACAUUCAGGUCCGGCCGUAUGACUUGGCCAUCGCUGAGGGCAAGAAGGAGCGGUCUGUCGUGUCCUUUACCGUCGACGUCAUUUCGGCCCAACAGCUGAUGAGGCCGCCCAAUCUGGCGGCCGCCAAGUCCAUGGAUCCUUAUGUCGAGGUCGAGGUCUUCCACGCCAACGACAAGCGUGACAAGAAGGAGGUGGGCUCGAACAUAUUCUACGAGGGCGACUCGCCGCUGCAGUUCCAGACCGAGGUGAUUCGCGAGAAUGGCUUCAACCCCAUGUUCUCUGGCGGACAGUUCAAGUUCCAGGUGACGACGAAGCACCCUGAGCUCAUUUUUGUGCGCUGGUCCGUCAAGCUGGCCAGCUACGGCGAGAGCUACAACAGCAAGGAGGGGGCUGCCAUCGCCACAUAUACCGCCAAGCUCAAGAACUUGAAGCAAGGCUACCGAACCCUGCCUCUGCUCAAUCAUGCCGGCGACCAGUAUUUGUUCUCGACGCUUUUUUGCAAAAUCCAGGUCGACCCCAUCGAGACGAAGCUCUUUGACGUCCCUUCUACGGUUCAGGACGUGAGCAAAUUCAAUCGCUUCGGGGGCAAGGUCUUUGGUCGCUCGAACGGGACUGUCAGCCCACGAAGUACAUUUGAGAAGAGCAGCAUGGACAAGAGCAGCACGGAGAAGAGCAGCAUGGAAAAGAGCAGCUUUGACAGCUGUCCGUGAUGCCCGCAUUGGUCACACUUGUUGGCGUGCGAAGGGUCGUCAUGACGGUGCAGAGCUUGCCGAGCAGCUGUGCAAGUCACCAAACAAUUGCGUUGUUCACGCAAAGAUGGUGCCAUGACGAUCACACACACUACGCCCAGUCCCACGAUCGACUGCGAUCCUGGCGCGCCACAGAGCGGUGGGACUGGCAAGCAUAUUUUCCCCCCUUUCUCGAGACUUGGGCCGAUUCACCCUUGUCCGUGUACGACCAUAGUUUUGUCGAUUUGCAAGCAACACCUUCGUUUCUUCCCUUACUCUUCUACCACCAGUCUCUGGGGCCUGGCAAGGAUUGAACCUUUCUUGGCUUUUCUUUUCCUCUUUGGAAUUUCUCCUUCAUCAUUAUUCCCUUUGUCUAAAGCUGGCGCACGAAAAUAGGACGGAAAAUACCCCCCCAUGCUGGCGGAGUGCUAUACAGAGUUGCUUGAUUGUGUUGCUAGGGUGGUUUCGGGCUUUGCACGAUGGCGGGGGUUGCAUAUACCAUGAUUGUUUUUUUGUUACAGGGCAUGGGAAGCAUAGCACUCGAACAAGGGCAAGAUAGACAAGGAACGGGCAUGGGCAAUCAUGUUUCUCUCCACUUUUUUUCUCCUUUUAUGUUUUACUGUGUCUGUCUGGGCACAUGUGCGUUGGGAAUGCACGGGGCCGCUCAGGAGACGCUGCAUGGGAUCUUUUGGCGUUGAGCUUUUGAUGCAUUUGCGUUGGGAAGGGAGGAGCCGAGGAUCGACGUUGUAACACGUGCUCCUUUUCCUUUUGACAAAAGACGUUGUUUAUCCAGUGGCUCGCGCUGCAUGACUCUUGGCUACUGUAGCCUCACGAUGUGGGAAGUAGGGAGGGGUUGGGAUUCGUUGUGGGGAGGCGUGGCUGGGGAAGAUGCCUACAUAGCUGAGCAUAAUACCAGUAUUGGGAAAG